GCUUCGCGUCAGUCUUUUGAUCCUUUUCAGACUGAAGUACAAGCUGCUCAACGCAUUCGACAAUUCUUUCAAGAACUUGAAACUGGCAAUGACGGUGAGUAUGGCGAUGAGCUUUGUUUGCAGGGAUUGGUCGCCCAUUUUGAGGUUCGUGCUGCUGGUGAUCGGCUUGUGUGUGGCGGGCCUGUCCGUGCCCAGGGUGGUGUCGCGGUUCAAGCGUGUUCUCCUGCCACCGCUCUUCCUUGCCCUUCUGAUGUGGCUGCUUGGUAUGACGCCGGUCGCGCACUCGGCGUUGCCGUUGCCAUUGCAGAUGGUCGGCGGCUUCUGCAUGUUUUCACUGUGUACGGCAUUUCUGGCGCUGCCAAGGAUCCCGCCAAGUUCGCCCGCAAUGAAACUCUUCUUGCUUCCGUGUUUGCGUGGGCUGCACUCUAUGGCCCUGGGCCUUGCGUGGUGUGCGGUGAUUUUAACAUUGAUCCUAGUCACAGUCCGGCCUGCCUUGCCGCCUGUGCUGCAGGCGGGUGGCACGAUCUCGGGGCUGAAGCUGGCGCCAAGCCCACCUUUCAUGCAGUUCGUCAUAAGCGUGCCACUGCCAGCCGCAUUGAUGCCAUUUUCUGCAAUCAGCAUGCCAGGUUCUAGGCCCUUGCCCACUUCUACGCUUGAUGCCUCUGCGCUUGCGGCUCUUGCUGAGUCUUGUUUCUGUCCCAUCCAGGAGCACUGGAACGCACUUCUUGAGUGUCAAGACGUUGAUUCCGCUUGGGACCUGUUGUGCCGCACUUGCCAUCGUUUUGUACAUGCUCGUGGAACCGAUACACCCCCGAACUCCUGCGACCGAGGCCUUGCCCCUGUGGUGCGUCAACGCCUUCUUUUCCCUCCAAGAUUUGCUAAUGCAGGCUUCUCUGUCAGGCUGUCCCGGUUGUUCCGCUUGCAGCGCCGGAUCCAAGAGGCCUCUUUGGCUCGUGCCAAGCGUGGCUUUGCGGCAGCUACCCUUCUUGCUGCUAUACGGCGGUCUUUCUCGCAACUGUGCGUUGGUCUCACCUUCAGUAGCAUGGCCCAUGCGGCUGCUCAGGUCCGAAACGAGAUUCAUUGUGAGAUGCAGUUACUUGAGAGGCAACGCUUAGCUGCCUGGAAGCUUCGUAUGCAGCAAAGCUGGGCUGGUCAAAAGCGUGACGUUUUCAAGUGGAUUCGCGCCCACAAAGCCUUGCAAGCGGUACCCGAUUUUGUGUCUUCCCCCCAUGGGCUGUGUGCCGCGCCCGCGGCACUUUUGAAGCCUGUCAUCGCUAAGUGGACUAAGAUCUUUUGUAAGUACUCUGAUUCUGAUGGGACCUCUCCCUCUUGGGCGGCUUUUGCGGAGCGUUAUUCCGCCUAUUUUUCGUGUCAUGCCGUCCAGCUUCCACCGCUUGAUCCUCGGCGCCUCCAACGACUUGCGUGUGGUGGACGGGCCGCCGCGUCUGGCCUUGACGCCUGGACUAAGGAGGAGUUGCAUGGUGGCGUGCGCGGCCACACCGCUGCUGAUCUGUACCUUCAAGUUGCUGUGGAGCUGGAGUCCGCCUUCUCCUGGGGUUCACCAGUAGCUGGCAUUCUUUUGGAUUUGAGUAAAUUCUUUGAUCACCUGCCGUGGGAUAUUGAGUAUGGGAUCUUGUCUUCCUUUGGAUGCCCGGGCCGUGUCCUUGGCCCCAAACGUCAUCUGGCAUGCAGUGCCGCUAGGUUGUCCGCUCUCUAUCCUUUCGGUGAAUGCCCUCAUGAGUAUUUGGUGCAAGGUGUUGCGGGCCGAAGCCCCGCAGGUCCGUGCCGGUUGCUUCAUCGACGACAGAUCUUUGCGCUUGCGGCCCUUAAGACUGCUGUUCACCUCACCGACGAGUUCGACUCCCUCAGCGGGUCGGUGUCCAACCAGGACAAAACCAAGUUGCUGUGCAUUGAUCUUCCGCUCGAGCAGGAGUUUCAAGGUUUUAUGCACGGUGAACUGCCUGUUUAUCCUGUGUCUGAUGCCCCUCUUCUAGGUGUGAACCUGCCCGCCCGCGCUGUUGCUGUUUGCCAUCCUGGCCGUGUGCGCACUGAGGCUGCAAUUGCGGUUGCUAACCGGGUCCAGUAUGCCCCCUUGCAUUUUGAGGUCUGUCCUGGGACGUUGACUUUCACGCAUGUGGUCAGUGCCUUUCUGCUGGUGCCUGAGGUUGAGACUGUCCGUGCUUGGGAACCGUGCACGCAGCAGUGUGGCAUUUUCUUGCUGCCUCCCACAGUCAAGGCUUUUGCGGCUGAGUUACGUGCUGAGCUUUUCUCUUUGCCUGAAGUGUCCUUCCCGAAGACGUGCCGCGCAAUACUCAAUGUCUGGGUCGAUGGGUCGGCUGUUGACUGUCAUGACCCCCGCGUCACGCGCACAGGGGCGGGCAUUUACUUUGCGUGUGACAGCCCUUACAAUCUGUCCUUUCCAGUGCUUGGCCCCGUGCAAACUGCUUAUCGUGCUCAGCUUGCAGCACUCGCUGCUGUGCUGGUGUCUGCGGUCCGGCCCGUGCGCGUGCAUACUGACUGCCAAGACGUGGUUGAUCAUUUCAACCACUUUGUGCGCGAUGGCUUCCUUGACUGUGCUGGCACUGACAUUUGGCUUCUCCUUUUCCCUCUUUUGCGCGCCCGGCCACCUGGUUUCUUUCAGGUUGUUAAAGUUAAGGGCCAUGCAUCCGACUCUGACGUCGCUAAAGGUUUGGUCUUGUCUUCCGACAAGAUAGGUAAUGACGGUGCCCAUGCGCUGGCAUUGGAUGCUGCACGGCUGCGUCGUCUGCCACCCGAUGCCCGUUUAUGUCUUUAA